GAGUUGUAUGCAGCAAUUAAUGGUAAAGGAGAAGAGAAUGAAGUUCUUAGAAGACAUUUAGAAGAAAUUCAAGCACUCCUUGGAGAUAGGCAGAAAGAACUAGAGGAAGUAAACUUGAAACUUAAACAGACCCAGGAAGAAACAUCUAGAUUAAGAGAACAGGUAGAGAUGUGUCAAGGAGAAUCAAAAACUAAGCUAGAGGAGCUUUUUUCAGAACGGGAGGAGCUGAUUCAGAGGAACCAGAUAUUAACAGCAAAGGAGGAGAGUGCAGACGUCCAGAUAAAGAUUUUACAUGACUCCAAUUUAGAAUUUCAGAAUCAGUCUCAGAUUUUAUUUCAGGAGCUCAGCUCUUUACGGGAAGAGCUUACUGCCUCUCAGGAUGAGCUGAGGGUUCUGCAAACAGAGAAGAGUAAAGCAGAGGAGGAGUUUCAGCAGAAAUUGAUUCACUGUGAGCAAGAGAUGAACAGGAUUCAUUCUGAGAAUGUAUGCCUUCUGGAAGAGCAAAUAAAGCUUUUAUGUGAAGAGCGGGAUUGUACAGUCAAAGAAACAGAUGUUUGUAAAAUCAGAGUAGAAGAAUUACAAAAACACUUAGAAGAAGUACAGCUUGAGAGAGAAACAAUAGAGAACAAAGCACUUGAGUUAGAAUCACAGGUACAUCAGCUGCAGGAGCUUGUCAGGGAACUAGAAGAACAAAAAGCAGCUAUAGAAAUAGAGAAGGUUGACCUUGAAAAGGAAGUUUCCAGCCAAGCAGAAGUAAUAGCUGCUUUGAAGGCAUCCACAGAAGAGUUGCGUCAAACUUUGAAUCUUCAAUAUGAUGCACAGCAGCAGUCAACAGCUGAACAACAAACACAGGAGGACAGAAUUAGUAUUUUAACCUCAAAGACUGAUUCCCUACAGGAGCAAGUAGAGUUGUUAAACCAGGCUUUGUUGAGUAAAAAUGAGGAAAUUGUGGCUCUGAAGUCUGUCAUUGAUGACAGGGACAGUCUUGUGAAAUCGCUAGAAGCAAGGGUUGAACAGCUGCUGGCAGACAUUCAGUUCAAGAGCCAAGAAGAGGACAGCAACAGAUCUGUACUGGCUGAAAGCUUGAAAAAAUUUGAUAGGUUGAAGAAUGAGACUGAUGCUGAAGUUAAAGAUCUCAGAGAUUUAAUAGAUUCCCUCACAAAGAAAUUAGAUCAAAAGGAGCAAGAGUGUCAAGAGAAAGACAGUAUUUUUGUUUUAGAAAAAGACGAUCUCAUUAAGAAUUACAGUGACCAGAUGGAUCUUUUGAGAGAAGAAAUGAAAGCUCUUGAACAUACUCUAAAGCUACAAAUUGAAGAAAAACAGGCUGAAUUUAAAGAGAAAUUAGCCAAAAUUAAGGAAGAAUAUGAAAAUAAACUGCAAGGAAAGGAGACAGAGUAUGAAGAUCGAAUGAAGGAGUUACUAUCACAAAAAGAACUUGGUAUUGAAGAUCUGUCCCUAAAUUUUGAAAGGCUGAAGGAAGAGCAACUAAGAAAUCAAGAACAGAAAUAUAUUGCCGCUAUAGAGGAGACCGAAAAUGAGUGGAAAGUUAAAUAUCAGAGGUUAGAUGAUGAGCACCACCAUAAUCUUGAUGCUCUUCAGUCAAAGAACCAGGAGGAGGUCUUAAACUUACAGCACAAACUAGACAGUUUAACGCAAGAAUUUACUUCAAUUAAAAAUAACUUUGUUUCAGCCCAGUCAGAGUUUGAAAUAGAUUCUGAAAAGUACAGAGCAGAAAUUGAAGAUUUAAAGGAACAGCUAGCAGGGAAAGAGGCUGAGUUACAGAAUCUGAUGGAAACUUUAGAGUCACUUCACAAGCAGAUAGCAUCAGAAUCUGAGCACAGCAAAAGCCUUGCUUCUCAAGUAGAAUCUUUAACAGAACAGCUUCAUGAAAAAGAUACAAAGUUAGAAUCAAUAACAAACAAUAUGUCAACAGAACAAGAACAUAUACACGAGCUGCUUAAAGUUAAUGAAGAACUUCAGUCAGAAAAAAACAUUAUGUUAGAACAGGUGAAAAAGAUUGCAGAAAAGUACAGGGAAGAGACCCAGGAGAAGGAAAAUCUUGCUAAUCAAAUUCACACAUUAACAGAACAGUUACAUGAAACAGAGAACAGACAGGAGUCACUAAUCAGUUCUAUGUCAACAGAGUUAGCAAAAUCUGAACUUACACAGACAAAUGAAAAAUUGCAGGAGACUAUUGAAAACUAUGAAUCGAGAUUACAAGAGGAAAGAGCAAAAUUGGAAAGACAAGAUGUCUCGCUCAAAGAGCAGAUCAAUGUUCUGAAGCAGCAGUUGCAUGAGGUUCAGAGCCAGGCUGAAGUUUCUUCUAAUGAACUCCAGUCCAGCUUGCAGCAGAAAGUGAAAGAUGCAGAGGAAAAACUGCUUUCACAGUUACAGUCACAUCAAGCUGAGAUGGAAUCGUUGAGACAGGAAACAGAGCAGAAGAUGCGAGACCUCAAGCAAAAAUAUAUUGCCAAACUCAAAGACAUUCAAGGUCAAGCAAAGAAUAGUAUUGAUGAACUUCAGAAACAUCUGCAGACAGAAAAAGCUUCAAAAGAUGAAAUAUAUGCUGAGUUGACCAUUGCAAAUAUGCAGAAGCAUCAGCUUGAAGUAGAUUUUGAAGUCUCAAAGCAGAAGAUUGCUGACCUUGAACUUGAAGUUGCAGAAAUGAGAGCUAAAACAGAGACUAAGGACACUGAGUUAGUGAAACUGAAAACAGACAUGGCAGAAAGUGAGAAAAACUUUCAAGUCAUACUGCAAGAAGUACAAAUGAACUGUAGUCAGAUAAAUGACAAGUUAACAGAAACUGAAUCAAGACUGACAGAAAAAGAAUCAGAACUUCACCAUUUAGAUAAGCAACUUCAGGAAACAGUCUUACUGCUAGACCAAAAGAUAAAUUGGCUGAUGGAGAUAUCUCAGAAAGAGCAAAUAAAGGAAGAAUAUGAGGCAAAGUUACAAGAAGUUAAGCAGACUUACGCAACAGAGAUUACUGAGAUCAAACUCCUAAAUGAGCAGGCAAAACAAGACUAUGAGACCAGAUUGAAUGAGCUUCAGCAAAAUAAACAAGACUGUGAGACCAGGUUAAAUGAGCAUCAGCAAAAUAAACAAGACUAUGAGACCAGAUUGAAUGAGCUUCAGCAGAAUAAACAAGACUAUGAGACAAAACUGAAUGAGCUUGAACAGACACAUGCAGCAGAACUUGCUGAGAUUAAACUUUUCAAUGAGCAGAUUAAACAAGACCAUGAGACCAAACUGAAUGAGCUUGAACAGACACAUGCAGCAGAACUUGCUGAGUUGUCUGCAAGCAUUGAAGCUCAGAGCACUGCUAAGGUUGCUGAGUACAAGAGAAAAGCUGAAGCUUACAUAUCCCAAGUAAAGAAGCAGCUACAGGAUGAGAAAACUCUUUCCUUUGAGAAACAACAGGAACAGAUUACUAGCCUGCAAGAAACGAUUUCAGUAUUGACUAAUGAAAUUGAGGACCUCAAGAAAUCAAAAGAAAAAAUUAUUGCUGAAAAUGACACAGUUAUUCAAAAGAUGAAAGUUGAAUUUGAUCAGGAAAUGAAACUGAAACAGUCUGUGAUAGAAGAGUCUUCUCAAAAAGAAGAAGCAUUUCAUAAAUCUGAAUCAAACUUGAAAGAAGAAAUAGAUUCACUUAUUUCAGAAAGAAAUAGUUUGUUGGAAAAGCUGUCUGUGAUAGAAAAAGAUGGUGGUGAUUUGAAAGUGCAAUAUAAGACAGAAAAUGAAGUACUAAAAUCAAAGAAUGAAAACUUGGAGAAAGAAUUAGCCUCCCUGAAGUCUGACAAGGAUGAACGGUUGGUAGAUCUUGAAAAGAAACUAGAAGAGACUGUGCAGAAACUGCAGACAGAACACACGAUAGCACUGGAAGAACAAGUAAAUGACCACACAUCAAAAGUGAAAAUGUUAGUGAGGGAAAUGAACUCACAGUUGGCAGUGAAGGAACGAGAGUUUGAAACUGCACUCAGGGAUGCUUUAGAAAAAAGUGAGCGAAGUGAGCAGGACUUAAGGCGAGAGCAACAGGAGGAUAUCAAGGAACUCCGUAAAGAAAUUACAGAGAGGGAUGAGCGAAUUGAAGAACUGCAUAUUGAAUACAAAGCUAAAAUUCAG